UUUGAAAGGAGUCACAAGCGGUAAAAGGUCACCGGAAGCCGUAAUAUGUAACUCGUCGUUGAUUGGCUGCCGCAGGAACUGUCGUAAAAAUGCGGUCGUUUUUGCCCGCGGUGGCCGAACAGCUUUUUGGAGAUAUCCAGCAAACGUAUCAUGACACUUCUCAGAGUAAGAAGAGCCGUUUGCUGACUGACUCUUGCUAGGCGCGCACGGGUGGAUGGUUCCUGAUGACCUGUUGAUUGCGUUGAAGUUUGUCUUCGGCUCCUGUGCGUUGCUGGCCUUAGACCUCGUCGACCAGCGGUCUGUCAUCUGUCUGUCGUCUCCGAGUGGUCGCCAGGCUUUUCAGUGCAAACACAUCCUGGCAGUGUACCUGAGCCAGACCAUGGCGUUGACUCUGCAGGAGACCGUGUCUGAUCAGCAGAUGUCUGUGCUGCUCAGCGGGACGGGAGCUCUGUGACACCACCUGCCCCCCACCUUCAUCAGAGCAAGCUGCUUUUCUGCAAAUCCACCCAAACUUUGGAGCCCUGUCACAUUCCCAAAGACUGGGAAUUUUAGGGGAUAAAGUUACUCGUAUUGAGUGCAUACUUUUUUAUUUAAAGUGCAUUUUUUUUCUGAACCCGCUUUGGUCUGGAGGAACAAAAAUGGUUCAGAAAACUUGUAAACAUGUAAAUAUCUGUAAGUUUAUAAUGAAUAAAGUCAGAGCUUUAA